UGGUCGCACGCCUUCACCGGAUAGAGAGAGAGAGGAGUCAGCGCACGCGCCGAGUCCCAGCGGAGGUAGCUGCCACGUGGGGCCCACGCGCCUCGACGCAUUCACUCCGCCUCCGCCUCCGCCUCCGCCUCCGCCAUCGAUCGCCUCCUCUCCUCUCCCCUCGCCGCGCCGCGAAAUCCGAUUCGCCUGCUAGGCUAGGCUAGGCUAGGGCAUGGCGGACGCGGCGUCGUCUUCGGCGUCGGCGUCGGCGGCGGUGGCGGGGACGCUGCCGGUGGCGGCGGCGGCGACGGGGAAGGACAAGGAGGACCGGCGCCGAUUGGUGGGGAGGUGCGGCUUCGCGGUCGUCGGCAUCAUGAGCACCCUCCUCAUCUACGGCCUUCUCCAGGAAAAAAUCAUGAGAGUUCCAUAUGGAGCAGAAAAGGAGUUCUUCAGAUACUCGCUUUUUCUUGUUUUCUGUAACCGUAUCACCACGUCUACGGUGUCUGCGCUGGUGCUAACGGCAAGUAAGAAAUCCCUGGACCCUGUGGCUCCACUUCAGAAGUACUGUGUGGUCUCUGUAUCAAACAUACUGACUACAACUUGCCAAUAUGAGGCACUCAAGUAUGUGAGCUUCCCUGUCCAAACACUUGCCAAAUGUGCAAAGAUGAUACCUGUGAUGAUUUGGGGCACAAUUAUAAUGAGGAAGAAGUACGGUGGAAAAGAUUACUUCUUUGCAGUUGUCGUGACUGUUGGUUGCUCGUUGUUCAUUCUAUACCCAGCAUCAAUGGAUGCCAGUCCAUUCAACAGAGGCAGAGAAAACACUAUUUGGGGCGUUUCACUCAUGCUUGGUUAUCUUGGAUUUGAUGGUUUCACAAGCACCUUCCAAGAUAAACUCUUUAAAGGGUAUGACAUGGAAAUACACAAUCAAAUAUUCUACACGACAAUGUGCUCCUGUGUUCUUAGUUUGAGCGGACUUAUUCUCCAGAAUCAGAUGAUUCCAGCUGUGGACUUUAUGUUUCGUCAUCCAGAUUGCUUCUACGACGUCAUAAUCCUAUCCAGUGUUGCAACAGCUAGUCAGUUCUUCAUAUCGUACACCAUACGAACAUUUGGGGCUCUCACAUUUGCUACGAUAAUGACGACUAGACAGCUGGUGAGUAUAUUAUUGUCCUGUGUGUGGUUUGUACAUCCUCUUAGCUGGAUGCAGUGGGUUGGCGCCGCCAUUGUAUUCGGAGCCCUGUACACAAAAAGCUUCUUGAGAAGUAAACCGCAGAAGCCAGCCGCUGCAAACCCGUCGAAUUCUGCUAACAACAGCUGACCAAACGACAUAAGAAGAGAUCCACCCCAUUUGUUGCCUUGCUGCACCGGACCAAACACCAAAGUCUUGGUGUGAGAUAUGAAUGAAGACAUCCUGAUGAGUUAACUGGACGACAGGUUGUAGGGUUGUGUUAACAUGGAGCUCAGAAGGCUCAAGGGUUAUUAGGCUAUUAGCUUAGGAGGAUCCAGUGGCAAAUAGUUGAGGAAGCCCAGCCUGCUGGUAGUGAAAUGACUUGGCUGCCGUUUUUGAGGCUUUAUCCAGGCCGUUCUCUGCACUGCAGGUGCUUGAUAUAUAAAAUGUAAAAUUAUCUUUGCAGUCAUUAGAUUACAAGUACUAAUA